CUCCCCCACUGUGCCUGUGUGAAGACUCUGGGAGCAGAGCUCCCUGCCAUCCCUGAAGAUCACAGCAAUGCCUGUCCCCUGAAGCGCCGCCUGGAGUCCCCAGAGUCUGCGUUCCGAGUAUCAGAAAGGCUGAAUCGGAGCUGCUCCCCACUCUUCUGUUUCCCAAGACUGCAGGAGCUCCAGGAAGCAGGGGUGUAACAGCCGUGUCCACAGCUCACAGCAGCAGAGGAGGCCCGGCGGCAUCAGGAGUCCAGGAUCCUGAGUCCUGGUCUCGAGCUCUUGCUGUCCCCGAGCAACCUGAGAACUCCUUCAUCACAAGGACAGCCCGCGCUUCAAGCUAGGGAGGUGGCCUGGCCUCAAUAGAGACACGAAGCCCAGCGGGUGUGCCUGUUCUCAGUCGGAGUAGAGUGAGCAGCAGCCACUGCUUCCUCUGCAUCCUCUUCCUGCUCUGCUCGACUCCAAGGCUCACCAUCAAAGGGGCCUGAGCCUUAGAACAAGUGGUCCUCAGGAUUCUCAGCUUGUCUUUCUUUCCCCCACUGCCAUGGCCUCCAGUCAAACGAGCCUAUCCAGUGAGGGCUCCAGCAGGGGAGAAGAACAGCCUCUGCUCCCCUCACAUGACCAGGGAGGCCCUCAGCCCCUGCCCGAUGUGGUCCUCUAUCAGAAGAUAGAUGAAUUGGUGGAUUUCCUGAUCCACAAGUAUAGAAAAAAGCAGCUGACCUCCCGGGCAGAGAUGGUGCACUGUGUCAUCCAACGUUACCCAGAGCACUUUCCUCGGAUCUUCAACAGAGUCUGUGAUUGCUUGUACGUGGUCUUUGGCAUUGAUGUCAAGGAAGUGGAUCCCCCUGGCUACAUAUAUGUCCUUGCCCCUGCCCUGGGUCUCACCUAUAAUGAAAGAGUGGCUGAUGAGUACUGCAUUGCCAAAACUGGCCUCUUAAUAAUGAUCAUCACUGCCAUCUUCAGGAGAGGCAACAGUGCCAGUGAGGAGGUUAUCUGGCAGGCACUUAGCAAGAUGCAGGUGUUUGAUGGGGUAGAACAUUUCAUCUAUGGGGAGCCCAGGAAAUAUAUCACUGAGGAUUUGGUUCAGGAAGGGUAUGUAGUGUAUCGCCAGGUCCCCGACAGCAGCCCUGCUCGCUAUGAGUUCCUGUGGGGUCCAAGGACCUACGCUGAAACCACCAAGAUGAAAGUCCUGGAGCAUCUGGCCAGGGUUAAUAAGAGAGAUCCCUGGUCCUACCCACUUCUGUAUGAAGAGGCUUUCAAAGAGGAGCUAGAAGAAGCCCGUGCCCGACGUGCACUCAGGGCUGAUGGAAGGGCAAGUUGCAGGCCAGGGAGAGAUUCUACUGAGAAACCACACCCCUAGCUUAGCUACAGCCCGUGUGCAAUGAUGCCCAUCCUUCAGCCUGUGUUGGAGGAGAGCAGCCUGCUCAGUAGUGAAGGGCCAGGGUAGGAGGUGCAGUCCUGGGCAUACCUUCCUGAUGUUCCUUCUAUUUGGGUUACAUCUGUGUUUUUCAUGAAAAUUAAAGGAGCUUGCAUAUCUUAUCUGAAGAAUGAUGUUGAUGUCACAUCUGUUUGUGCUGCUGUUACAUUGUGGACUUUGAUUUUUGAUGAAAUUAUGAUUCCCUGUGGUAUUGAGCAAACAUAGAUUUUGCUUAUCCUUUCCAAAAGUAAGUAUCUUCACUGUUUUGUAAACC